AAAUGUGGGGUGGAAAAAUAAGUGGAUCAAAGGAAGAAGUGCUUCCUUUUACCAUCAGGAUUUUUCAUAAAUUAACAGAGAAAAAUAUAGGAGAAAAAAAUCAUGUCAGAACACAGCAGAAAUUCAGAUCAAGAAGAACUCUUUGACGAGGAGAUUGAUGAAGAUGAAAUCUUGGCCAACUUGUCCCCCGAAGAGCUGAGAAAACUGCAGUCGGAAAUGGAAGUGAUGGCCCCUGACCCCAGGCUUCCCGUGGGAAUGAUUCAGAAGGAUCAGACUGACAAGCCACCCACGGGAAACUUUGACCAUAAGUCUCUUAUGGAUUAUAUGUAUUGGCAAAAGGCAUCCAGACGCAUGCUGGAAGACGAACGUGUCCCUGUCACCUUUGUGCCAUCCCAGGUGGACACUCAAAAGCAGCAUGAAGAAGUAGACAAAGGUAAUAAAAAUGGGUCCCAGUAUUUAAAAGAAAAGCUCAACAAUGAAAUCGCUGCAAAUAAGAGAGAAUCAAAAGGCAGCGACGAUGUCCCAGAAACCGAUGAUGCUGAUGCUGAAGGAGAUGAAGGAGACGAUGAGGAUGAGGAGGAUGAAGAUGAGGAAGGAGAAGAUGACAGCGAGGAGAGUGUGGAAAAGCCACAAAGAGGAGUGCAAGGUGAGGUAAGGGAGCAGAUCAGAAAUGGCGAGAGCAGCCGCCCACAAGUAAAGGCAUUUGGAGAACAGAAAGACAGACCAGAGGCCCAAGAAAAAGGUGAGAAAAAAAUAUCAAAACUAGAUCCCAAGAAGUUAACUCUAGAUACCAGCUUUCUAAAAGUGAGUGCAAGGCCUUCGGGAAACCAAACAGACCUGGAUGGGAGCUUGAGGCGCGUUAGACAGAAUGACCCCGACAUGAAGGAGCUCAACCUGAACAACAUUGAAAACAUCCCCAAGGAGAUGUUACUGGACUUUGUCAAUGCAAUGAAGAAAAACAAACACAUCAAAACCUUCAGCUUAGCGAACGUGGGCGCGGACGAGAACGUCGCGUUCGCCUUGGCGAACAUGCUGCGGGAAAAUAGGAGCAUUACCACUCUCAACAUCGAGUCCAAUUUCAUCACAGGUAAAGGAAUUGUGGCCAUCAUGCGGUGCCUCCAGUUCAACGAGACGCUCACCGAGCUUCGGUUUCACAAUCAAAGACACAUGCUGGGCCACCAAGCCGAAAUGGAAAUCUCCCGGCUCUUGAAGGCGAACACCACUCUCCUGAAGAUGGGCUACCAUUUUGAGCUCCCAGGUCCCAGAAUGGUGGUAACCAAUCUGCUCACCAGGAAUCAGGACAAGCAACGGCAGAAAAGACAAGAGGAACAGAAGCAGCAGCAGCUCAAAGAGCAGAGGAAGUUGAUAGCCAUGUUGGAGAACGGGUUGGGGCUGCCACCUGGAAUGUGGGAGAGGUUGGGGGGACCCAUGCCCGAUCCCAGGAUGCGGGAGUUUCUCCAACCUCCUCCUCAGCCUCCCAACCCCCAAGCGGCCCCCUUCGGUCGACAGAAUGAAAUGAUGAAGCCGUCACAGCCUCCGAAGUACAGGACGGACCCUGACUCCUUCCGAGUGGUGAAGCUGAAGAGGAUCCAGCGCAAGUCUCGGAUGCCCGAGGCCAGAGAACCACCUGAGAAGACCAACCUCAAAGAUGUCAUCAGAACGCUCAAACCGGUGCCGAGAAAUAGGCCACCCCCGUUGGUAGAAAUCACUCCCAGAGAUCAGCUCUUGAAUGACAUUCGUCACAGCAACGUCGCCUAUCUUAAGCCCGUGCAACUGCCAAAAGAACUGGCGUAA